CAUUUUGCAACAUCCUUUUGCCUUAACAAAUAAUAUUCUUGCUUAAGACACUCUUGCAGCCUCUGUCGUUGUAGACUGCAGCUCAUGUACCUGUUGCUGACGCUGUUGAAGUCGUGUGUAAACAUGAAUUGUUCUGUUGAUUUUAGUCAGACGUCUCUGAUGACAUCUUGGCAAUAGCACAUGAAGCAGGUAAUGAGGUGAGAGCAUCUUGGCAGCUCUCUUCCUCCUGUCCCAUAGAUGUGAAAGGAAUACAUAGUUUGUUUCUUAGCAGCUCUGCACUUAUUUUCAUCUUGCCUCUCCAACAGAGAUGGUAAAAGAUUUUUGAGCAUGAGGUAAUUUCAGAUCUGCAGGGUCUGUAAUGGAGCAGUGAUAUUUGGUUCUUGGCCUGUAGAACUGUGUAAGAAGAAGAGUUUCUCUUUUAUUGCAAAAUGCCUUUAGGUCAUCAUUUUAGUGUAAAAUUUGUUUGUUACAAAGGCUUCCUUAAUUCCAUAGCAAAAAAUGCAAGAUUUUUUUGGAAUAUCACAUCCAAAGCACCUGAAGGAAUUUGUCUUGGCAAUCUGUGAGCUGCCAGUAUUCAUGUCCCAUCCCACCUCACCUGGCCAGGCAACUGAGUGAUGACAAAAAGCAUGAAGAAAAAACACAAUAGGCUUUUGUUUGGCAGCUCCUGGAGCUGCUCCUGUCAGGAAUGAUGACGCUGCACUGCAGGUAACUCAGUGACCUUUUAUGAGUUUAGGGCUCCUGUAAAGUGCUGAAGGGCGGGUGAUGUUUGGCCACCUGAAGGAGAGCAGAGGGGAGGGAAAGCUCCCUGCUUCCUUCUUGUUUCUGCCAGGAAUAGAACGUGAGUCACUGGAGUGCUGGAGCUCACAAGUGUGGGUGUCUGCAUGUGCUGCCACAAUAACCUAAUUUCUCAGUAAUUUAAGACUGGCCGAUCCCACGAGGAUGGGAGAACAGGAGGAACCAUCUAAGGAGUCUCUCUGGGGCUGAGUCUCCCUGACUGGCAAGUGAUGAAGCAGCUGUGGUUGUUCUGCCAUGGGCCUCCCUCGCUCUCACUUGAGUGAUGCUGGUUUUCUGUCAGGCGCCUUUGCUACUUUUGGCCUUUAAAUUAAACAACAAAGAAACAAUGUAACACAAGGAAAUUGAAGUUGUCAGUUGUUUGAAGUCAGAAUAUUCUGAUUUUAUCUUCUUAAUUUGGAGACUGUGAGCUCCUGAUUUCAGAUCCUUUCCUAAUGCUUGGAGAAGGACACUAACGUGCUUUUCAGAAAUGAAGAGACAAAACAUCAUUAUAAAUGGCCAUAGCUGUAAAUUGCUGACAGAUUUCUCUUUUGUCACUGUUGCAGCCUAAAGCUACUUUGAAAACUGAGCUGUGGGUUUGUUUUGGUGGGGAAGCACUUGACUUAAGUAUUUACUCUUCCCCAGUGGGCUGGAAUGCUUUGUGGGACCCCACAGUGUUGGUAGGGUCCUGUGCUCUUGGCUUUACACAGCAUUUGUGGUGCCAAGGAAAACCACCAUGGCAGAAACUGUGCUGGACAUUGUCACUUCCCUGGCUCCACUGCUGCCACUGUGGGACCUCACACCCCAGAGCCUGCAGGUUUCUCUGUCCCCUUCAGCCUGUGGCAUCUUCUGGACUGCUCCUUCAUUUAACCCUUCCUUUUCCUGCAGAUUUGGAGGAACAAAACUCACUCUGGUCUCACUGGCACUGGUGGCAAAAAGCACUUUACUGUAGGAACAAGCACAACUAUGGAUCAGGGCAAUAACUCUGUAAUCAUUGCAUUUUUUAAAAAAGUAUCUGAGUUAUCUGUUGUCAGUGGCUUUUCAGUUCAUCUGUCCCUUCUUGAAAAGAGAGGUGCACUUUUGUGGAAGGAAGUGAACCUAAGGAAAUGUUCGCUCCUCUGUCAGCCCCUUCCAGCUCUCACAUGGCUGUAGCCAUCACAUUUGUGAUUCCAGUGGAGCAGAAAUCAGUCAGAUGGGAAUCACCAAGCUUCAGAGCUAUUCUGUAAUCUGGAACUGAAGCAGGAGCAGGAAUCUUCCUGUAGGGUUUUCUUCUCUUGUUUGACUCAGGGGUUGCCGUUGCUGAGAGCUUCAUAUCUCUGUGGGUAGUGAUCGACCACAUGGGGGAUUUCACUGUUACUCACAUCCCCACGUUCUGCUGUGUGUCUUCAGUUAAAAAUGUGGCUAUUCCCAAGGCAUUAAAGCAGCCCACGUCUUACUCACGAGGCUGGUCCUGCAGAAAGCUGUAGUGGUGCUGCAGGAAGUGUAAAGUGUGUGUUUGAUUGCAUCAGGAAUGCUGCAUUUGGGUUGUUAGGAGCUUCUGGGAUCAGCACAACUCAAACCUUACAGCACUUUCUUACUGGGAACUGCUUCAGCAUCCCUUCCCUUUGACUUCCCUGGAAAUACAGUAUGGGAGUAGAAAACUGUUGCUGAAAAUAAUGAUAUGGAUCAGCUGUGAGGAACAGAUCAGUUCUCUCCUGUGAAGCAGUGCUUUAUGUAGAGGGGAAGGUUUCCAUUGCAGUUUGCUCCCUGGCUGUCCCAGUGCUGGGAGAUCACUGCAGCUCACACACCCAGCUGCCAGAGCAAAUCACUGCUGAGGGGGGAGGGAGAGUUCAUAUCCAACCCUAUUGCAAUGUGGUUGCUAAUCCUGCUACAAUUAAUACAUUCACAUUAUCUACUUUGUGUGUGUUUAUCUAUGUAAACAAGAACUUUUGGACAGGGUGCAGUUGUACCUGGAGUCUUUAGGGUUAAGGGCAUAGGUUUUUGUGUUUUGUUUUCUUCCCCCACACGCCCUGUGAUGGUUGGAGUAUUGAGUUUGGGGAAGGGUUGUGUUUAGACAGAGCUCCUCAGCUUUUAUUUGAGGGGUUCAAAUCAUUGCAGUACAUAAGAAUAGAACCAGAGUAACUGGAACUUACAUUCCAGUACCAGAUCCAGAGAUCUUUAACUGGAUUUUUGGUACAGCACACACAAAUUGUGAGCAGCCAGCCUGUCACCAGGCUGCUGCCAGUGUCAGCAGCUUCUUGGUGAUUAUCAUUGCUCUGACUUCACAGGGGCAUUGCUUUGUACCAGUGCCUGUGUUCCCCUGUUAGCAGGGCAAGGAGCAGGACAAGGGACUGGCAGCUCAAUGGAGUCCACUAAAGAAGCACAUGCACACUUCUUUAUGAAGAAGUAACUACAGUUAUUUUUCAGAGAGUUUUAAUCUGGCUUCUGCUUAUGUCCUGGGUUGGACUUCAGCUAUUGGCAUGUAAUUAUUGGCAUGGUACAGCAGUCAGCUCUCGUUAGCACAGUUGGAGAAGCUGUUUGAUGAGCACUGUGCUCUGGAAACAUCCACAGCAGAGUUGCAAUCAUGAGGUGAAUUUGGAUCUGUUAAGAAAGGAGGGAGCUCAUUUCAUAACUGUUGGACCAUAAGCAUUAAGAUGCUGGUUUCCUGCCCUCUGAUGCAUGGCACAGAUCCAGGAUGCUUUGCAUGUGGAAUGGAAAAUGGAUUCCGAGUUUAUAAUGCAGAUCCACUCAAAGAAAAAGAGAAACAAGAGUUUCUAGAAGGUGGUGUCGGCCAUGUGGAAAUGUUGUUUCGUUGCAACUAUUUAGCACUUGUAGGCGGAGGAAAAAAGCCGAAGUACCCCCCCAACAAAGUCAUGAUCUGGGAUGACCUGAAGAAGAAAACUGUCAUUGAGAUAGAGUUUUCCACAGAAGUCAAAGCAGUGAAGCUGCGAAGAGACAGAAUUGUGGUUGUGUUGGACUCGAUGAUUAAAGUUUUCACCUUCACACACAAUCCCCACCAGCUGCACGUCUUUGAAACCUGCUACAACCCUAAAGGUCUCUGUGUCCUUUGUCCAAAUAGUAAUAACUCUCUUCUUGCAUUUCCUGGAACACACACUGGGCACGUGCAGAUUGUGGAUCUGGCUAACACAGAGAAGCCUCCUGUGGACAUCCCAGCUCACGAAGGAGUCUUGAGCUGUAUUGCUUUAAACCUGCAGGGAACAAGAAUUGCAACAGCAUCAGAAAAAGGGACCCUCAUAAGAAUAUUUGAUACUUCAUCAGGGCAUUUAAUCCAGGAGCUACGUCGAGGAUCACAAGCAGCCAAUAUAUACUGUAUUAACUUCAACCAGGAUGCUUCCCUCAUCUGCGUCUCCAGUGACCACGGCACAGUCCACAUUUUUGCUGCAGAAGAUCCCAAAAGGAAUAAGCAGUCCAGUUUGGCCUCUGCCACCUUUCUCCCCAAAUACUUCAGUUCCAAAUGGAGUUUUUCCAAGUUCCAGGUUCCCUCAGGCUCUCCGUGCAUUUGUGCCUUUGGAACAGAGCCAAAUGCUGUCAUAGCAAUAUGUGCAGAUGGCAGCUACUACAAGUUCUUGUUCAACCAAAAAGGGGAAUGCUCAAGGGAUGUGUACGCUCAGUUCCUAGAAAUGACGGACGACAAGCUUUGACUGAGGGGAGGGAGUGCCCGGCUCACAGCGCUGCCUCGGCCACCCGCGCCUUUGGGGACAGUAUCUGAGUGUCCAGCACUGAUCCAGAAGUUCAGCAGAGCUCAUGGAGAAGCCUGGCUCAACAUGAUCACAAGCAGCUCUGAAGUAGUGGACUACAUAUGUUUGUUCUCAUUUCUGCAAGUAUUCAUCAUUAAAAUCUCUUUGGGUUACUGUCACC